AUGAGACUCCCCAAACUCCUCACUCUUUUGCUUUGGCACCUGGUUUGGCUGGACCUGGAAUUCAUCUGCACUGUGUUGGGUGCCCCUGACUUGGGACAGAGACCCCAGGGGACCAGGCCAGGACUGACCAAAGCAGAGGCCAAAGAGAGGGCACCCCUGGCCCGGAGCAUCUUCAGGCCAGGGGGUCACAGCUAUGGUGGAGGGACCACCAAUACCAGGGCAAAGGGGGGCAGUGGGCAGACAGGAGGCCUGACACAGCCCAAGAAGGAUGAACCCAAAAAGCUGCCCCCCAAAUCGGGUGGGGCCGAACCCAAGCCAGGACACCAUCCCCAGACCAGGCAGGCUGCAGCGCGGACUGUGACCCCAAAAGGACAGCUUCCUGGGGGUAAGACACACCCCAAGGGAGGAUCUGCCCCCAACACCUUCCUGCUGAAGAAGGCCAGAGAGCCUGGGUCCUCCCGAGAGCCCAAGGAGCCUUUCCGCCCGCCCCCCAUCACGCCCCAUGAGUACAUGCUUUCGCUGUACAGGACGCUGUCCGAUGCUGACAGAAAGGGAGGCAACAGCAGCGUGAAGUUGGAGGCUGGCCUGGCCAACACCAUCACCAGCUUUAUUGACAAAGGGCAAGAUGACCGAGGCCCUGCGGUCAGGAAGCAGAGGUAUGUGUUUGACAUUAGCGCUCUGGAGAAGGACGGGCUGCUGGGGGCCGAGCUGCGGAUUCUGCGGAAGAAGCCCUCGGACACGGCCAAGCCAGUGGCCCCCGGCGGCGGGCGGACUGCCCAGCUGAAGCUGUCCAGCUGCCCCAGCGGCCGGCAGCCGGCAGCCUUGCUGGAUGUGCGCUCCGUGCCAGGCCUGGGUGGAUCUGGCUGGGAGGUGUUCGACAUCUGGAAGCUCUUCCGAAACUUUAAGAACUCGGCCCAGCUGUGCCUGGAGCUGGAAGCCUGGGAACGGGGCCGGGCCGUGGACCUCCGUGGCCUGGGCUUUGACCGGGUUGCCCGACAGGUCCACGAGAAGGCCCUGUUCCUGGUGUUUGGCCGCACCAAGAAACGGGACCUAUUCUUUAAUGAGAUCAAGGCCCGCUCCGGCCAGGAUGACAAGACUGUGUAUGAAUACCUGUUCAGCCAGAGGCGGAAGCGGCGGGCCCCGCUGGCCACUCGCCAGGGCAAGCGGCCCAGCAAGAACCCCAAAGCGCGCUGCAGUCGGAAGGCCCUGCACGUCAACUUCAAGGACAUGGGCUGGGACGACUGGAUCAUUGCGCCCCUCGAGUACGAAGCUUUCCACUGCGAAGGGCUCUGUGAGUUCCCAUUGCGCUCGCACCUGGAGCCCACGAACCACGCGGUCAUCCAGACGCUGAUGAACUCCAUGGACCCUGAGUCCACGCCACCCACCUGCUGUGUCCCCACAAGGCUGAGCCCUAUCAGCAUCCUCUUCAUUGACUCUGCCAACAAUGUGGUCUACAAGCAGUACGAGGACAUGGUGGUGGAGUCUUGUGGUUGCAGGUAG